AUGCAAAACAACAUUCUCGCGGUCCCCUUUCGUAAGGGGGCCCAGCUCUCGCUCUCGUCCGCUAUUCGACAAUAUAUAUCUACCAAAUAUGACCAGCAUCCGGACAUGUUCCGCCAAGAUCUAGAGGUAAUCGAUGCGUUGAGACGUCAGGCCGUGAAUGUGCGCGAGCCGCAUCCUACUGGUGUCGCGAGAUUACAGGCCUACAUUGGACAGCUUGUCUGGAUCGGGGGAAAAUUCCCUAUAGAUAUCGGUGCAGACUUCACAUGGUAUCCCGCUUUAGGUUACAAUACCGAACGACCCAUAGUACAUAAUAAUCUAAAGUUCGAACUUGCCAACAUCUUAUACAACCUCGCUGCCCUAUACUCCCAGCUAGCCAUAGCAAGCAACCGCGCUAGUACGGACGGCCUCAAGACCGCAGCGAGCUACUUCAGCCAGUCGGCAGGCGUACUAACACACUUGAAAAAUGAGGUUAUACCUGAGCUACGAACUACGCCACCGGAGGAUAUGGAUGAGCACACGUUAGACUCGUUAAUACAACUGCAGCUAGCGCAGGCUCAAGAAUGCUUCUGGCAAAAGGCCGUUAUGGACGGCUACAAGGAUGCAUCAAUAGCUAAGUUGGCUGCCAAGGUUUCUGAUUUCUAUAAUGAAGCGAGCGAGGCAGCUAUGCGGUCACAGGCUAUCAGUAGUAGCUGGAUUCAUCACAUGAGUGCUAAACACCAUCAUUUUGCCGCCGCCGCUCAAUAUCGUGCGGCUUGCGAAUGUCUAGAGAAGCGAAAAUAUGGUGAGGAGGUAGCGAGAUUGCGUGAUGCUGUUUCCUGCGUGAACGAGGGUCUUAGGGAGAGUCGCGGCGGUUACUUGCACAAAACAGUAGCAGAUGAUUUAAACAACCUGAAGCGGAGAGUAGAGGAAGAUCUUAAGCGAGCUGAAAAAGACAACGACGUAAUUUAUCUAAACCCGGUGCCACCAAAGUCAGAGCUCAAGAUCUUAGAUCGAGCUACCAUGGCAGCUGCACGAAUACCGCCACAAGUGUCAGCACCUCUAAACUAUCUCGGAGAGAAGGGCGAAUUUGGUCCUCCACUCUUCACAAAGCUCGUCCCAUAUUCCGUUCAUAUUGCCGUCUCCAUCUAUGAAGAGCGAAGGGACCGUCUGGUAAAUCAGAACAUCGUAGCUGAACUUGAAACACUAAAUGAAAGAAUACAUGAGAUUCUUUCGUCACUUAAUCUUCCAGGCUCACUCCAGGCCUUCGAAAAACCGCUCGGCUUGCCUGGGACCUUGGUUCAGCAUGCCGAGGAAAUCCGACAGGCAGAUGCUUUGCAUCGCUUGCAAAGAAGUUUCGCUGAUAUCGACAAGCUACGCGCUGCUGACUUGGCAGUGUUCGAAGAAGGCAAAAGUCUGUUGCAAGCAGAAGAGGAAGAAGAUGCUCAGCUGCGUAGAAAAUAUGGCACGGAACGUUGGUCGCGACCUGAGAGCCGUUCUGAGCCGAAUCAAGGUGUAAAGCUUUGGAAACAAGUAACAGAUGCAGAGGGCUGGUUUGCGAACAGUGAAAGCAGCGAUAAGGUUGUACGCGACAAAUUCUAUAGCAUAGAACCUAUGUUGGCCGUUCUUACAGGACCAGAUCGUGGCCUACUAGACUUUGUACCCUCAUCGCGGCGCACUGAAGUUCCAGAAUCACUCAAGCCUGCCAUUGGUCGUCUGCGUACAGCUUAUAAUAAUAUAGCACGUCUUGAGGGCCGUCGUCGCCGGAAAGCUGAAGCUCUUCGCGAAAAGGCCCGUGGCGAUGAUAUUAAGUCUGACAUCUUAACCGAAACGGCAAGAAUAGAACGCGCCCAAACGGUGGCGACUGCUAUAGUUCCCGCACACUUUGAAGAGUUCUUUGAAAAACGGCUGGACUUGCUUUAUGAACCAGACCUUGAACUUGUGCAAGCUGAGGCGACUGAACAGGAGAGGCUUGUUUCAGAGCUAAUACGAGUAAACCGUGACUUUGAGAGCCAAAAGAAGACGGUGGGGGACAAAGGAAACAAGGAAAGGGAGCAAGCUCUUCAAAAACUCGAAAAUGCCUAUUACAAAUACAAGGAAUUGAUCAGCAACGCGGAAGCGGGACGCAAAUUCUACAACGAUCUCAGCCGCAUAGUAGGUGGCUUCCGAGACGGAGCGCGGAACUUUGUAGCCGAAAGAAGACACGAGGCACGCAUGCUUGAGGACGAGCUAAGUAUGCCGCCGCUAAACAACUUGAGUCUCGGAGGACAACAAGAUCGUGUACAACAACCUGUGCAACCAACCAGCUCUUCAAGUGGUUGGAAUGGUGGCACAGGUUAUCAAGAUCAGCUGCAGCAAUCGCAGCAGACCUCAUUCUUGCCACCACCUGCUCCAUCCAGACAACAUAUUCAAAGUCCUGCCGAAGCGCACAUUCAGUCAUGGGUGCCGGCUGGUGAGACAGUGGCGCCGCAACCUCAACCGCCGAGGGCAAAUCCCAUGCAGAGUGUAUGGAGCCCAGGGACAGGCAUUAAGUUUGCCAGCACGCCACCUCCUACUGGCGCCGCUGUGGGUGGCGGGGGGAACAUAGGAAGUAACACUCAGCAGGAGAAACGGCCGCCUGUUGCUGGAACUUGGGAUCGCAAUAGCGCGAUAAGGUUCGGUUAG